UGGUGACCACAGCCGCGGUGGCUUCAUAGACUCCUUGUUAACCUCCGUAGGGCGAGCAUGAGAGCAUUGGAGAUCGGCUUUGGUCAGCGUUCGUUGGAUCGGAUCUCGACCUUCCCCUCUCGCUCUUGAAAUGGAUUCUAGUCCAUCCAUCAAGAAUGUUAAGUACUAUACAGAUGAUUGGCCAACUCUUGCUGCUAAAUCGGCUUAUGAGAAAUCUGUAUUUACCAGGACACUAAAAAUAAAUGCUUGCACUGAAGGACAUCAUCUUCCUUGUUCUUCUUCCCAGAAUGGUGAAAGCAUACUGGCCGAACAUGCAAUCGGCUCGGGUGAGAGAACGCGCGCGUGGCGAUGGAUUUGAGUCCGUGGUCUUUUGGAGACGCUUUGGCUACGGGCGACUGCUUGGCUGCUGCCUGGGAUUAUCACGAGAUCUUUCUCCAGCAGACGAUCGAGGACUUGAAGCACAAGCUCACCUGCACCAACAUGGAAUUGGAGGCGCUGCGGACCAACGCCCACGACGAGCUGCAGAAAGCCAAGGAAAGCAACCAGCAAUUGAUCGAACUCCUCGAGCUACGAACCUCCGAGAGAGACGAAGCGAGAAACCAGCUGCAGCUCCUGCUGAACCAGAUCGGACAACCGAGCCUCGCCGGUCUCCCUCGAGUGCUUCCCCAUCCUCCAACCGAUGCUUCUCCGUUGCUGCAAGCGAUCGGCAGCUCCAACAUCUCCGACAGCCUAUCCGAGACAGCCCACCCUUCCCAGCGGUACGUUUCGUCUCCGGUCGAGUCGUUCGUCGACGCCACCGCCGUCACUUCUCCGGAGCUCUCGACCGGGAACAUGGGCGAUUCCUCGAGGGGGGCGUCGUCUUCCAGCAUGGGCAAGUAUGAACAAGCCUCUGCUGUAACUGAUAGCCUCGCCAUGAAGGGGAAUCGACCGGAAAGAGGCAGGUUUGUGCAAGCUGUGCUGCAAGCAGGGCCGUUGCUGCAGACUCUUAUGGUGGCGGGGAAGCUGCCGCAGUGGCGCAAUCCUCCCCCACCCCUGCGGCAUCUACAAGUUCCUUCGGUGGCCAUGAUCCCAACAGACCAUGCCGGUCAUAGAGCUUCUCAGAUUUGCUGUGCUGUUCCUGUGUGGAAUUUUUCAUGAUGCAGCUUGAUUCAUCUCUCUCUCUCUCUCUCUCUCUCUCUCUCUCUCUUCUGAUGGAACAAUUCAGAAAAGUUCUCCAAGAGUGCUUUGUUUGAUUUGA